ACUUUAUAUUUUUAAUUUUUUUUUUUGUAAGAACAUAUGUUAGUAGACGCAUAUGAAACGAAGUUAUUCUUUGCGACAUUAAACAUGGAGUUUCGAAAGAAAGAACUUUAUUUGAUGUUAACUCUGAUUAUUUUUUCUGCCGAACAAAAUGCGGCAAAAACAAAGGAGGCGCCACGUUCGCUAGUGAAUAAAGAUACAUGUACUCUUUACGAUUAUUCCGACGUAAUUGAUGAUAUACUCUUUUAUGAAAAAUUAAAGCCAACGGUAAUAAUUAUAGCCGAAAAAAUAAAUGAUGGCAUUACGAGAGCUAAAGAGUUAACUAAAAACAACAGAGUACUGAGAAGCAUAGAUUUAACAAAUAUUGCCUAUGGUCACAAGAUAUACAGAAUUAUAUCUCAAAAUAUUUUCAUCUACAAAACGCAAGACAUUUAUUACUUUGUCUAUCCCGAGAAUAUGAAAAAUGAUCUCUUAACAAUCUACUGUCAAAAUAAACUUAUGAAAAAUAAUUUCGGUCUAAUGUUCAAUUUUCUUAGUUUAGGAAACACGUUUCCUUAUUGGGAAGAAAUUAUAAUUCCCAUAAAGCCAUAUUCAUUAUGUACGAAUUGCACUUUUGAAGAAUAUGUCAAAGAAAAAUUGAAAACUGGUGAAAGUUUCUCGGAAUUAUUCGAAGUACAUAAAAAAUUAUUUAGCGAUCAGCAAAAGUAUAUUUUCUUCAAUAAACCCAUUAAUAUUGCCACAUUCUAUUACAAUCUCUAUUCUGAAAACAAAAAUUCAGCCAUGUACUUUAAUACACUAAUGACGAGAAUUGAAUACGUUUCGAAAAAUCCCAAAGAAAAUAGAAAAAGUUUAACUUGCUUUGAAUCAAGAUAUUCAGAGAUGGAAAAUUUUGAUUUUCUUCAAAAUUCCAAUUCUGAUAAAUAUUACGUGAGGAGAACUUUAAGUUUGACCGAUUAUUUGAAUUUACUUAAUAACACAAUUUCUUCAUUAAAUCGCAGUGAUGACUCGUUUGAAAAUCUUUGCCAAAUUCGUCCAUCUUCAAAUUUAAUGAAAUUAUUUUGUUUUAUAAAAAAUUUAUCUAAUGCUCAAUCCCAUAAGACUGAAGUGUGGAUAAAUCGUUUAAAACAAUUUCUAGAGGAUUCGUUGAUAAGCCAACUAUCUUGGUUCCAAAAAUUGGUUGAAUUGUAUAAAAAAGAAUAUGAAUUGGAUGAAAAUAGUAUUGCAAGCGAAAGGCGAAGUCUUAGUGCGAAAAUAAAAAAUGUUGACGAAAAGUACGAUUAUUGGAUGAAUAGUGCUUAUUUUGCUGUUGACUAUGGAAGGAAAAAAUUCAAAAAUAAUAAAACGCAAGAAACUUUUGAAGACUUCAAAUCAUUUUACGAUUAUUGGGAAACAAUUGAUGAUCUACUUUUUCCUGUGGAAAUGAAAAAAUCGGUAAUAAUUAUAACCAAUGAUAUUGUAAAGGGAAUUAAUGUUCUUAAAACAUUAACAGACAAGAGAAUAGGGCCGAAAAAAGAACGAAAAGAUCUUGAUUAUACAAAACAGUUCCUGUACGAUAUAAUGGAGAAGAAUUUUUAUUUGUUUCAAUCCAAUGAUACUUAUUACUACGUCUACCCCACUCAACUAAAGAACGAUACGUUGAUGUUUUACAUUCAUUACAUGAUGUUUAAAAAUUAUUUGAAUACAACAUUUCAUUUAGUCAAUUUUCCCGAUGAACUCUCUCAUCGUGAACGAGAUAAUUUUACCCAUAUUGUCAUUCCCGCGAUAACAAAUCGAAAUUGUGUCAAAACGGCGAAAUUUUACAAAAAUUUCUAUAAAAUUCUGCUGAAUUAUGAUUCUUUUUAUCAAAAAGCAAUGAAUAAUGUUUAUCAAGAACAAACGAUUGAAAGUAAUUUUUCAGAAUUAGUAAAAUAUUACGAUUCUUGUGAGAAAAAUAAUAUCGUGAAUGAAAAAAUGAAAAUUUUCAAUUCCUCGUUAUUCGAAGAUGUUGGGUACAGGUAUGAUUAUUUUUUUCAAUAUGUUGUCAGUUUUAGUAACGUGGAUCUAGAGGUGGAAAAUAAGAUUACUUUCGAUGUAGCGAAACUUGAGGAUAUUUUUCACCUCUACGAUCUAAUGCAAUCUGCUUAUGAAAAUAUACAACCAAUAAAUAAACAUAAUGAUGAUUGUUUUAAAAAUCUUUGCAAUUUCAAACAAAAUGUUAAACUUUUGAAACUAUAUUGUUUUUUAAAAGAUAUUCUACGUGACGUCAGGAAAAAUGAAUAUAAAAAUGCUAUUAAAUUUAUAGAAACAAAAGAAUUGAUUGACAAUGUAGAAUUUUUCAUUAGGAACUUUUUUAAAACGACAAUUCACUGGAUGCAAAGAUUAUUAUCGAUUUAUUUCAAUGUAUAUUCGUUGGAUGAUGAUGAAAUUUUUGAAAAGUACGAAUCUCUUUACAGAAUGAUAUCAAGUAUUACUGAAACGAAUGAUGAGUUGUUUAAAAAAAUGUUUCAUGUUGUAGUCGAAGAAACAAUGUCUUUGAAAAGUAGUUCUUGAAAAAUAAAGAAAAACUAUUAAAAAUAUAA